CACCGUUUGGCACUUUCGACUCCUCACUCAUACUCACACUCACACUCAGUGCGUGUUUGUGUGUAGUGGCAGUUUCUUCCAAACAAACAAAAUCCGAAAGAGAAAAACCCGUGGAUUCCAAGGCACGCAACAUCAUCUUCAUCACUCUCCUCUCUUAUCUCUUCUUCUACGAUUCCCAAGAUACUCGUAGAUCCCUCAUGAGCCGCUACGACCCCAACCCCUUCGAACACGAAGAGGUCGAGGUCAAUCCCUUUGCGAAAGGAGCAGCAAAAGGAUCAGGGCAAUCAAGUUAUGGUGGAGGUGCAUUUUAUACUACGAACCCUGGAAGUGUUCCCUCGGCAAACUCAAGGCUCUCACCACUUUCUCCAGAGCCUUAUGAAAGUGGGGCAACUAUUGACAUCCCUCUUGACAGCUCAAAGGAUACCAAAGCGAAGGAGAAGGAACUUCAAGCUAAAGAGUCAGAAUUGAAAAGAAGGGAACAGGAACUAAAACGAAGGGAGGAUGCUAUAGCACGAGCUGGAAUAGUUAUAGAGGAAAAAAACUGGCCACCUUUUUUCCCCAUCAUUCAUCAUGACAUUGCAAAUGAAAUACCAAUACAUCUUCAAAGGAUCCAGUAUAUUGCAUUUACGACAUGGUUGGGUUUGGUUCUGUGCCUCUCGUGGAAUUUUGUGGCAGUUACCACUGCUUGGAUCAAAGGAGAAGGUCCAACCAUCUGGUUUCUUGCUAUUAUCUAUUUUAUUUCUGGAGCUCCAGGAUCCUAUGUAAUGUGGUAUCGCCCUCUUUAUCGUGCUAUGAGGACUGACAGUGCGCUGAAGUUUGGCUGGUUUUUCUUGUCAUACGGGUUGCACAUCGUCUUUUGCAUUUUUGCUGCAGUUGCGCCACCAAUUAUAUUCAAAGGAAAAUCUCUCACAGGUAUUUUGGCUGCAAUUGAUGUGUUGGGCGAUCAUGCAUUGGUUGGGAUAUUCUACUUCAUUGGGUUUGGAUUAUUCUGUCUUGAGUCACUGCUGAGCAUCUGGGUUAUUCAGCAAGUAAUGAUGUACUUCCGCGGCAGUGGCAAGGCUGCAGCGAUGAAGCGCGAGGCAGCAAGAGGGACAAUGAUGGCAGCUCUAUGACGUGGCAGUAGAUAAUGUUUUCCCCCUAUGGUUAUGCCCGGAAAUUGAUUUCCUCAGUUACCAUUAUCUUAUGCCUUGCUUACUGUACUUGGAUUUAUUUUCUUGGUUUCCUGGCAAAGAUUGAAUCAAACCACAUGAUUAAGAUAGAAAUCUUAGUUGUGCAUAUAUAGAAACAUUGUUUGAGAUGGCUCUCUCGGCAGAUGACUUUUUCAUAGGAUUGUUGGUGGUAUUUUUAUAAACAAAUGGUUUAUAAUUCAACUGAAUUACAUGUUCUGCUGA